UUGACCUAGUAGAUCGAGAGGGAAAAAAGCAAACCGGUUUCCGGGGAGAAGCAGCCAGGGAGAAUCCAGCGCGAGUUCGUCGGCCAGUCGCGUCCGAGGCCUCGCCCGCGCGGAACCCGGUGGUCUGGUCGUUGCAGCUCGGCUCCCGCCCUCUUGGUUGCAGGCUCUUCUUCAAAAUGGAGUAUAAAUCGUGCUGUUUUGUGGCGCCGCUGCUGAUCCUGGCGACGGCGCUCGACCUGGCCGCUGGCGGAGGCCGGAUGCCACGCGCCGCCAACAGCACCGCCCACUCUCGGCCCAAGCGACUAAUCUACUUCAACUCCGUGCGGCGCCUGAGAUUCCCGCCCACGAGCUCGCUGAUUUUCACGCCCACCCUCAGCCUCCCCGCCGGCAGGAACCUCCCUACAGGCUACGGAGCUUCGAUGACCAUCUCGAUUCCUUUCAGAAUUAACUUCGAUGACCUCGGUUUGACCUCUGAGGAUAAUCCUUGGGGAUUCAGGUCGUUCAGGAAGAAGAGGGAUGCUUCCGCCCCUCUCUCGGGCAUCAACUGGGCAGGAGGCGACAGGGAAAUGCUGUACCAGGUCAUGGAAGACACUUUGUCCAACAUGGGCAUGAACGGAAGCGCCUGCCUCCUGAGGGCCACUUGCGAGAUGUUUCAGUUUCCCUUCGAGAAGCAUGGCUUCUUCGGGGAGCUUCUCGAGCUCUUUUUCAGCGCCAGCCGGUCCCCCCACGCCGAGAAGCGCCUGCCGGAGUACACGCGGGCGGAGAGGGUCGGGCGCGCGUCAGGAGACUGCUUCGAGUACCAAGCCCACUGCCCUCUCUCCCUCUUCACGAACCCCGGCCAGACCAUGUGGAUCAACAUCAACCCAAAAGAAGCAAGUUUUUACGAGGAAACAAGCAGCUGUCACUGAGGCAGCGCUGACGGAGGCUGGUGACGCAGCAGUAAAUCCUGUGGGAAAUGAAUUUAUUGCAGGGCAUUUUGCGAAACAUUAUGUGUGAUAUUUCCAAUUCCUUUUUCGUUCCUGCACCCGCGAGGAAAAGGAAUAAGUGAUUUAAACCCGUUUUGAUAAAGUAGUACAUUUC